GUCGCUGCGUCAGUCUGCGUCGAGUCCUCUACGUGGAAGUUGCGUUCUCUUGGUGCGUCAAUAGAGCAGCUAUAGAGCUCUUUCAAUGCACAGAAGAGUAACGACAACCGAUCUACGAACAAUCAAGGACUCAGUGAGUUUGAUUAGUGCGUGCCAAUAGUUUCGGCAACGAACAGUUUCACAGCACUACGGAGAUUAGAUCAACUAUGUCUUUGGAGGAAUCUCGGAGAUCGCAGCGCCCGUACCGAUACGGUAUGGUUCUCCUAUGCGUCGGAGCUCUCAUAAACUGGUUGGGUUUGGCGGAGAACUAUGUUGAACCGGUGCGUUACGUCGGUGUCGCCUGCAUAGUUGCCGGGGCUCUCCUCAUUUGCGCUGCGAUGUGCUGUUGGCUACACGCACCGCCAACUAGGACGAGCACGCAUACGCAACACACGAAUCAUCCGAUCACGGCACAGAUCGACGAUCCAAUUCACGUGAUUUCCAUCGAAGAGCCUUCGGGUAUGUCGAGACAGAAGCCGCCUGAUUACGAAGCAGUGACGGACGCACCGCCGAGCUACGACGAUGCGAUCAAGCUAAAUCCUAGUCAAUUAAUCAGGUUGAGCAAUGGUAGUACGCCGCCGUUAUCCUCGGGACAAAUUAUUCCAACGACCAUCAGUAUCGUUUCUCCUACGCUAACACCGCCACCGCCAUACGCGAGGUGAGAUUAUGAUGCUAGGAAUAGAGAGACCAAUAAAUACGAAGGUUUACGACGUGAGAACCGACGUCAAUUACAAAGAACGAUCAAGUUGCAGAUUGCAAACAAUACUAUCGUAUGACGAUUUCGUUGCUUGCUUUCGUCGUUGCGAAAUGCGUGAUACAUAGCUGUAAAAAGCAUAUACGUAAUACUGUAUAGCACAAUAUGAUCUUGCCGAAGAGAAGAAGGGGGAUUCGAGCCGUCCGAAAAUCGUUCGACAUUUCCACAAGCAACAUUUGAAUAAGGAUCUCUUUUUUGACAUCUCGAUUAUUUAGAUUAUUAAUUGUGAACAAUUGUGGAACGUUGCUGGUACCAACGUUAUUCGAACGAUUAAUUCUUCCUUUACAACUACGUUAUAACUUCUAUGAUUUAGGAAGAAACUGAUAAUUAUUAAACAAACUUCACCAAUCACGACGAUAUCUGAAUUUACUCGACGGCCUAAAGAAUUGUGAACAUCAUCAAAUCCCAUCAUUUUUUCAUUUGUUGAUCUCUCAUAAUGUGUGUGUAAGAAGGUGAAAAUGAUACUUGACGUACUAGCACACGAUGCACAACUGCAAAGCUAGAGGUAUAUAUAUAUUAUAUUUUUUCAUUUUUGAUAUAAUUCGAUAAUCUCAACGAGAAUAUUCCUCGAUGUAUUAUAUCAUAAUGUCCGCGCGACUUCUGUCGAUACGUUUGGCCGUUUUAUAACAGGUAAUAAAGUAACAACUUUUAAUACUCGUUACAUUCGGCUGACGGUCCAUUGUUCAUUUAAUUUAAUGAUUCGACUCACGACCUGAUUGAUGACGUACUCUUAAAAUUAAUUGACGGAACAAUCAUGCAAUUUCUACAAUAUAUAUAUAUAUAUAUUUGAUGUAUGAUUGUUCUUGAAAAAUAAUAUAAAUAAAAUUGAGGAAAUGUGUCGCUAAAAUACAUAAAUUGCAUCAAUUUAUGUCAACAUUAAAGAUUGUUGUUUAUAAAUUUAUGUUAUUUUCCGAAUAAAUAGCUUAAUUAUUAAAUCCACUUUUAUAUAUACGAUGAAUGAAAAAGCUCUAAUGAAUUGUUGCAUUGUCGAAAUCUAUUAUAAAUACGAUGAGUAUUCAACGCAUCUUAUGGUCCGAAAAGAGAUCAUAAUAAUAGAGCAUUUAGCGCGUUGCAAAUUCAGCUGCGUAUAAUUUACUGAUAAAACGAUCUUCUGUCAUAUCAUCUCAGUAUCUUGUUUCUUUAUAAAUACGCACACACGUGCACAGUACACUCUUGCGAAAACCAUUCGCACGUCCAUUUUAUUGUGAUAUAUUAUACUAUAUUAUACGUAUAUACGUAUAGAUAAUAUGAAGGAACACUGUCGAAUAUAAUGACGAUGCUUGUAUUAUAAAUAAGACUUUUUUAUAACAAAAAUGCAAAUAGAGAAUAUGAGAUUU